UAGCAGAAGUUAAUAAUAAGAAAUAGAUAUUUAUAUUUGGUUUGGGCAGAUCCGGUAAUUUUCCAGGCUGUUAUGUCGGAUCAAAGGAAUUGUGAGCAGUGAGAGAUUUGGCAAUUUCCUUGUAUAAAUAGAGGCUUCUUCAAUCCAAUGUUUCUGUGACUGUGAGGGACAGAGACAUAAAAAAACAAAUAAAGAUGGGUAAAGGAGAAGAUCGUGAGGGUGUCGUUGCCGGGGGCUUCUUCUGGUCCUACUCCGACGAACCCCACGCCACACGACGUCGUCAGAUCCUCUCCAAAUACCCUCAAAUCAAACUACUCUUUGGCCCUGACUACUCCGCUUUCUUCAAGAUAAGUGUAGUUGUUUUGCUACAGCUUGGUACUGCUGUCUUACUUGGCGAUGCAGGGUGGGUGAAGAUGUUGUUAGUAGCAUACUUUUUUGGUUCAUUUCUCAACCACAAUCUCUUUUUGGCUAUCCAUGAGUUGAGUCACAACCUGGCCUUCUCGACUCCAGUCUACAACCGUUGGUUAGGGAUUUUUGCUAACCUCCCUAUAGGUGUGCCCAUGUCUGUUACUUUCCAGAAGUAUCACUUGGAGCACCACCGCUUCCAAGGCGUAGACGGCGUUGACAUGGAUGUCCCUAGCCUCGCCGAAGUUCGUGUCGUCACAAAUGUCUUUGCAAAAACCAUUUGGGUCUUCUUACAGCUCUUCUUUUAUGCACUUAGACCUGUCUUUCUCAAGCCAAAGCCUCCUGGCUGCUGGGAAUUCGUCAACUUCUUCAUUCAGAUAGCACUUGAUGUUUCCAUGGUUUACUUUUUUGGCUGGAAAGCUCUUGCAUAUCUGAUUCUCUCCACAUUUGUUGGUGGUGGCAUGCAUCCGAUGGCUGGUCAUUUCAUUUCAGAGCAUUAUGUGUUCAAUCCUGAUCAAGAGACCUAUUCUUACUAUGGUCCUUUGAAUUAUCUCACAUGGCAUGUGGGAUACCAUAAUGAACACCAUGAUUUUCCUAGAAUUCCAGGAAACAAGCUUCACAAGGUGAAGGAGAUUGCUCCAGAGUUUUAUGAUGAUUUAGCAUGCUACAAAUCUUGGAGCCAGGUCAUCUACAUGUACAUUAUGGAUCGAACAGUUGGACCAUUUAGCCGAAUGAAGAGAAAGCCUAGUAAAACCCAAUAGAUGCUCCCAUAGACAUCAUUCAUUCCCUUUUGUUUUGAUUUUUCCAACUUUUGGCAAUUUUAUGCGUAACAGAAGAAUGUAAGCUAGUUUUGAUCCAAAUAGCAAGUCAUUUGUUCAUA